AUGCUCCACCAUGUCGAGCGGUCGGUUCGCCUCAGUUCGCCCGCUGCUACCUUGAUUUCAGGCAUCAAUCGAAGGCUAGCGGGUAACGAGACGGAUGCGGACCCUCCAAAGCUAUACCCGAAUGACUUGCUCCUCAAUCAACCUUAUGGAGAUGAGCCCAUAGGGAAGAAGUUCUUCGCACUUCUGCACUGUCUUGGCAUUGCAUACAUGGUGCUUGGUUUGAAUACAGUUUGCGACGUGUACUUUGCGGGGUCCAUUGACCUCCUCUGUGAAGCCUGGAGCUUGACUCCCGAUGUCGCCGGUGCAACCUGGAUGGCUGCCGGGGGUUCGGCUCCAGAAUUCUUUACUUCCAUGAUUGGGGCCACAAUAGCACAGAACGACGUCGGAUAUGGUACGAUCGUUGGUUCUGCCGUGUUCAACGUGCUGUUCGUGAUUGGACUGUGCGGAUAUGUGGCAAAAGGAAACAUUGAGCUCACUUGGUGGCCGUUGUUUAGGGAUUGCUCCUACUACAUAAGCUCUCUGGCAGUGCUGGCCGCGUUCACCUACAACCAGAGCAUAGAGGCAUGGGAGGCAGCCGUCCUUUUCAUCAUGUACAUAGGCUACGUGUGCUUCAUGUUCUUCAACAAGCCGCUGAAUGUGUGGGCGUAUCGAAAGACUGGCACGCCUCUCAACAAGGAGUUGCGUGAGUACGUGGAGGAGAUGAACAAGGCAAAAGGAAAGGUGGAGCCAGAAAAGGUUGGAAGCAGCGAGAAUGUUCCAGAGACGCAGGAGUCCGCAGCCGCAGAGGCGAAAGACAACUACAUGCAGUCGGACACGGUCGUGAAGAAGGGAACAGAGAACGGAAAAGCCGACGUCGAGCAAGCCAAAUCAUCAGGUGACAAGGAGGAGGAUGGUGAGGACGACGAUGAUGACGACGAACCGGAGGACUUCAUGAUAAUGCCUGAAGGCAUCCUCGAGCGCGUUCUGUGGGUCCUGUGCUUGCCUGUCUACUUCCCUCUGUGGAUCACUCUGCCUUGGCCCUCCAAAGACUCCAAGUGGUUUCUGGCGACCUUCGGCCUCUCCUUGCUUUGGAUUGGCGGCUUCUCCUUCCUGCUGGUCUGGUGGACUGACACCGUUGCGGAGGUGUUGACAAUUCCCACCAUCGUCUCGAGCGUCACUUUCUUGGCCGCAGCAACCUCCAUACCGGAUGCUGUGAGCUCUAUGGCCGUUGCCCGUAAAGGUCAGGCAGACAUGGCGGUCAGCUCCUCUGUUGGCUCCAACAUUUUCGACAUUCUCGUUGGGCUCCCAAUCCCCUGGCUGGUGAAGUGCGGCAUCGAAUCUGGCAAUCCAGACUUCCGGGGUGUCCCAAUCAAAUCGCCCUAUUUGAUGUUCUACACCUGCCUGCUUCUUGGGAUGGUUUUUGGCACGGUCAUGAGCAUCAAGAUUUGCGGCUGGAAGCUGCAAAAAGCUUUGGGUUUGUGCAUGGCUGUCUUGUAUUUUGUGUUCAUUGUCACAACCGUUGUCGUGGAACUGACACGGCCAGUUUGGCUGAUGACCAAUCCCAGCUAA